AUUUUGGGCGGCUGAUUCAAAAAAAAACCUUGUGCGGACUUUUCAAAUUUCAAAAGUCAGUCAAAAUACACCCUAAAAAACGCCGAUUCUUCCCUACCAGUGACCAUACUCUCACUUUUUCUCAUUAUUCUUCCUCAGCACCUCCCUCCAUUAGAAAUCAUGGUCUCACCAUCAAUAUCUCAUUGUCAUUGCUGCUAGAUCUACAUACAAACUCAAGUCAUUAGUGUGUUGAUUACCAGACUCCACCACCAUAUCGUUGUGCUUCAAGUUCCGAAGCUUCCCCUUUUCACCAUUAUCUUUCUACACCCCAACCAUAUGGUAUUUCUAUAUCGACAUCAGACUCUUGAUGAUGCUACUCAAUGCUAUAUAGUAGAUUUCAUGCAGCUUGACUUCUCACCACUCUGAACUGUGCUUUUACAGAUCAGUUGGGAUUGCUAGGGCUUCAAGCGAAGAUGUGAACACCGUGGUUCAUGGAAGAAAUUUUUGAGUAAGGACACUGAAAUAAGGGACCUAAAAGAUGAAGCCAUAUGAAGAUUCUCAAGUAUCAAGAGUUCUUGAAAUAGAUCCAUCCUCAAUAACCCCUCAUGAUGAUCUAUCUUCUCCCAGGCCAUAUGUCAUUUCUUUCAUGUAUCGAGGUGCACCAAAGAAUGAGAUAAGGAGAAACCUCGAUACUUACCCGCUUUUGUUUGUUUCAUCGGUUGUAGUUUAUUUGGAAGAUGAUGAUGUUCCCACAAGGAAAGAUGUCGAUACUUACCUGCUUUUGUUUGUUUCCCUCAUCAUCACUGCCCCUUCAAUCACACAUGUCGCCACCGUUAACUAUCGAAACUAG